AUGUCCUAUGAGACGCCGGACUGGUUCUUUCCUGUGAAGCCCUUCGACCCCAAGGGCGACGGCGUGUCCUUCCCGAGAUGGGAUGAGCCGCUAGGCGCUGAUGAUCGCCCCAUCGCCAACGAAGAUGUGCUUCAGGGCGAGCAGCUGUGGAGGGUGCGGUACCAGGUGCGGGCGCAAGUGAGGCCCAACCCCCAGGAGCAGGAGUUCGACCCUUUCCGCACGAUCAUGCACAUGUUCACUGGGGAGGAGCAUCCGGACCCCACCAGCCCAGUGAGCAUGGGUUGCGUGAACUGA